UCCGGAGACUCCGAACGGAUCAAAGGGGAUUUGGAGACUUCCCGUGCGACGACGACAGCGACAACGACUGCGGCCACUGGCAACCCCUUCUUCCUUCGCAAGUUCCGUCGUCGCUCACAGAGGCUUGAAAAGGGGGCUUGCGUCUCGGUUGUCUCUCACUCGCCCCUCACACUCGCACAGCUACCAUCCCCGGAGCAGACGGUAACGACAAUGACCAACCUUCUCGCGAAAACCGUCCUCAGCCUCGAGGUCGGCGAGCUCAACCUCAUCACCCUCGCCUGCCUCGCCGGCACGCUUCUCCUCGGCCGUCUCCUCUUCUCCUUCCUCCACCUCCUCUACACCAUCACCCUCCGCCCGCGGGCCGAUCUGUCAAAGUACGGCGCCAAAAAGGGGGCAUGGGCCGUCGUCACGGGCGCUUCCGACGGAAUUGGCAAGGAGUUUGCAGUUCAGCUUGCGAAAGCAGGGUUCAAUCUGGUUAUCUUGGCUCGCACGGAGAGCAAAUUGGAGACGGUUAAGAAGACGGUGGUAGAGAAGUAUGCGGUCGAGUGCAAGGUUGUGCCGUUUGACUUUGCGAAGGCCACUGAGAAGGAGUAUGAGGGCUUGAGCGGCACUUUGGCUCCGUUGGAUGUCGGUGUCCUUGUGAACAACGUAGCGGUAAACCACGAAUUCCCCACCCCCUUCGCCCUCGAAUCCGAGUCCCUCCUCGCCUCCAUCGUCGAAGUCGACGUUGCCGCCCAAGUCCGCCUCACCCGCAUGCUCCUCCCGCACCUAACCAGCCGCUCCCAAACCAACCGCAAAAACGGCGGCCUGAUCCUCAACGUCGGCUCCGUCGCCGGCCUGAUCCCCUCUCCCUACCUCGCCACUUACUCCGGCGCCAAAGCCUUCCUCCGCACCUGGUCCCGCGCCCUCGCCGUCGAAUGCCGCCAGCACAACGUCCAUGUCGAGCACAUUAAAACCUACUUUGUGUCGACUGCGAUGAGCAAGAUCCGGAAGGCGUCCCUGCUUGCCCCGACACCCGCCACUUACGUUCACUCGGUCCUUAGUGGGGCGGGGAACUCGGCGGAUAGCGCGUCGUACCCGCCUCAUGCCAUCCUUACCUGGGCCUUGGAGAACCUGGUCCCGGAGUCGAUUGCUAUUGAGAAGAGCGGGGAUAUGCAUUUGGGAUUGAGGAAGCGGGCGUUGAGGAAGAAGGAGAGGGAGGCUAAGGCUUUGUAAGGGGGCGGCGCGACGCCUCCUGCAAAACACAAUCUUCAAACCUUACAUUCACAACGGCGUUCAUCUUUCUUUUCAUAAUAUGCGUCUGUAGCUUGCAUAUGGCGUAAUAUCAUACUUCUUGCGUAAUAUCGUAAUCUGUAUCGUAAUAUCAUACUAUCAUACUCCUUCUCG